UUGUGGAUUAAACCUCAGUCACUAGCCUGAUUUGGCCUGAUUGUCAUUUUGAGCCAUGUGCCAAUCGUAUGUAAUUGUUCUGUAUUUUUUGUAUAUAAUAUAAAUAAUAAUAGCGACUCUGUGAAAAACAUAAAUAAUUGGUGAUUAAAUUGGCGACUAUCAUGGCAUCAAUAUCUUGUAGUAUUGUGAAAUACCACUCUGAACAAACUGAUUACAGAUGUGGUUAUUGUAAGAAUCCAAAUAGUAACUUCAGUCACGGAAUGUGGGCUCAUACAUUAACUGUACAAGACUAUCAGAAUUUAAUUGACAGAGGUUGGAGAAGAAGUGGAAGUUAUUGCUAUAAACCAGUAAUGGACAAAAUUUGUUGCCCAGCGUAUACGAUAAGAUGUGAUGCAUUAAACUUCAAAAUUUCCAAGUCCCAAAAGAAAAUACUUAAUAGAAUGUCAAAUUUUCUAAAGAAUAAAUUAAGCAAAGAGGAAAAAAUGUCUCAUACAAAUACAGACAUUCAUCACGAUAAAUUAUCCAAAAUUCCUCAUGCAACAAUAGAGGACUCUAAAAUAUGUAAAAUAAGUAAAAUCAUUGCACCUUGUGAAAUUAAUAAAAAUUCAUUGCCAUCAGAAUCAAGUAAGAAUUCUUUUAGCAUAGAGAAAAAAGAGGUAAAAGACAGUAUUGCAUCAAGCUCAGGCAGUAAAUUAUUAGCCGAUAAAGAUGUCAAAGCAAAUAAAACAAAACUUGAACAUAAUCCACAAAAAAAAGCAAAAAUUUUACGCUUAGAAAGAAAACAAAAUAAAUUACUAUCGCAAGGAAAAUCGACAUCUGAAAUUCAAACUAUAUUAUCCGAGUCGAAACAGCAACAAAAUUCCAGUAAAACUUUGGAACAGUUUUUCAGUGAAUUAAAUAGCGAAAUGAACAAAUUGGAGUUAAAAUUAAUUCGAGUAAUGUCGGACGAAUUUCUUAAAACUCUCGAUGAAAGUGCAAAUCUUUACAAAAAAUAUCAAAUGACAAUUCAUAAGGAUGAUCCAGAAGACUGUGAUAAAUCGUCAUUUUAUAAAUUUCUCGGCAAGAAUUCUUUACAGGAAUGGCGUCCAGAAAAUGGUCCACUUCAAGGGUAUGGCUCCUUUCAUGAUCAGUAUUGGUUAAAUGGAAAGUUAAUUGCCGUCGGUGUAAUAGACAUUUUACCUGCUUGUGUCUCUAGUGUGUAUUUCUAUUACGAUCCCGCCUACUCUCAUCUUUCUCUAGGAACUUUCAGCUCAUUGCGUGAGAUUUUCUUAACCAGACAGUUGAAUGAAACCGUGCCGAAUCUCAAAUAUUAUUACAUGGGAUUUUACAUACACAUUUGCCCGAAAAUGAGAUACAAGUCGAAAAUGGUUCCAUCGAAACUUUUGUGUCCGGAAACUUACGUGUGGUGUGACAUUGAAAAGUGUCUAUUGAAAUUGAAUGUCAAUAAGUACAGUCGACUGAAUGAGGAUUUAAAGGCAAUUGAUGAAAAUGGUAUUGUAAACAUAGACGAGGUUCUACUUCUGUAUCGAGAGCAAGCUAUGUUGUACAAAACGUAUAGAACAAUGUUGCCUAGAUGUCGAGAUGAACAUGAGAUUUCAGAAUAUGCAGCUCUAGUAGGAAUGAAAUGUGCCAAGAGUAUUCUUUUGUAUCGCAAAUAAUAAUUUUACAACCUUGCCUUAUUUGUAGUUGACAAUUUGAAAAAUUCUUUUUUUUUUUUAUUAAAAAUUAUAAUCAUUUUUAUCAUUAUAAUUUCGGUACAACAUUAUUUGCAUUAUUUCUAGCUUUCAAAUUUUAAAUAAAUUAAGAAUUCUCAAGUCAA